GGAGCACGGCCCGGAGCACAGCCUAAAAUCUUCUUCAGCUCUGGCCCAACCGGGAGCAACGGUUCAACCAACUCAGUUUGCCAGCCAAAAGUGAGAUGGACAUCUUCGAUGUGCUGCGGAGCGGUUGCAGCUUCUCCAAGGCCAACCACUCGAAGGACGUCCUCUUCCGAGCUCGUGCAGACUCUGAAGACCAAUACCGCGGCACAUCUGACCACCGCGAGGAUGCAUCUGGGAAAAAGCUGUCAGCUGACGUGUUCGCCGAACUCAUCGACGGCAACCCCAUGGAGAACAGGGAGCCUUCAUCAGCUCGCGUCAGGGUAAAGCAGGAGCACGAUGAUCAGGAAGAGCAUGACGGCACAUCAGCAGCGGAAGAGGCCACCGACCCCCACACGCGCAGCGAUGACACAGUCCGCCAUCUGCGGCGGCAGCAUGGCAUUCACGUCCACGGCGGCACCGCCCCUCCCCUUAUCGAGCAGUUCGACGAGCUGAGGCAUCUCGGUGUGCCCGACUGGCUGGUCGACAACCUGCGGACGGGGCUGAAGUACGACGGGCCGACGCCCAUCCAGAUGCAGGCCAUCCCGGCGCUGCUCGAGGGGCAAAAGGUGAUCGCCUCUGCCCCCACUGGCUCGGGCAAGACCAUGGCCUUCCUCGUCCCCCUCAUCACACUCAUCAAGGUGCGCGUUCGACAGUCCCACCUCACCAACGUGACAGUCUCGUUUGUGUGGUGUUGUGUUGUGUUGGCCGUCUCUGCAGGGCCCUGGGAAGGGUUUUGCGCGCAUUCUGGUGGUUUGUCCCACCCGAGAGCUGGCACAGCAGAGCCUGAGGGAGUUCGAUCGGCUUCGCGGCAGCAGGAAGUUCCGGGGCCGCCUGGUGGACAAGAUCAACUUUGGCAGCGGAGAUGAGGGUGUGAGGAGGGUGGACUUUGCAGUGACGACGCCCCUGAAGCUUGUGCAGCUGCUGCGUGACGGCAAGGUGACGCUCGAUGGCGUUCAGUAUCUCGUGCUGGAUGAGGCCGACAAGCUGCUUGACAUGGGGUGAGGGAGGGAGUCCACAGAGAGAGGAUAUAUAUAUGUUGUGUGUUGUGUCGACGAAUAUAAUGGCGGCUGUGCGCUUCUCUCUUUCUGUCAGGUUUUCACCGCAGCUGGACGAGAUUCUGUCUCACUGCACCCACCCCUCCCUGCAGCCGAUGCUCUUCUCGGCCACGAUCCCGCCGGCCGUGCUGCAGCUGGCCGAGUCCAUCAUGCCCGCCCCUCUGCACAUCUCUGUGGGGGUGGACAAUGCGGCCAAUACCGAUGUGGACCAGCGGCUGAUGUUUGUGAGUUCGGAGGAGGGAAAGCUCUUGGGUAUGCGUCAGCUGCUGAGGGACGGGGAGGUCAAACCGCCCUGUCUGGUGUUUGUGCAGGACAAAGACAGGUAGGUCAGAGAGAGAGGGAGAGGGAGAGGGAAGGAGGCACACACGAAGAGCCUUCACGAGAGAUCGGGUGUGGUGUAGUGUGGUGUGUUUUGAUUGAUGUGUGUGACACACAGGGCCCAGCAGCUGUUCAGCGAGCUGGUGUACGACGGGCUCUAUGUGGACGUCAUGCACUCGGACAAGAGCAAGACACAGCGCGACAACGUCAUCAAGGCCUUCAGGGCUGGAAAGGUACAUACAGUAAGUACACCUGACUCACUGACGCACCGGCACACACCGACACAGCUAGAUCAGCUGUCUGACAAGUUGGUCACAAGGUAUGUAUCCAUUCUGUUAACUGCAGAUAUGGGUGUUGAUAUGCACCGAUCUGAUGGCGCGUGGCGUGGACUUCAAGGGCGUGCAGGUGGUCAUCAACUAUGACUUCCCCCAGUCCGCCGCCACCUACAUCCACAGAAUCGGCCGGACGGGCAGAGCCGGCAGGAAAGGCACCGUACGUACGCACACCGGACACAACCCUCUGUCUCCCUCUCUCUCUCUCUCUGUGCACUGUGUUUGUAUCUAUGUGUCUGUCUGUCUGUCAGGCGAUCACCUUCUUCACUCUGAAUGACGUUCCCUACCUGCGGACGAUCGUGAACGUGAUGCGCCAGAGCGGCUGUGAGGUGCCCGAGUGGAUGCUCAAGCUGCAGAAACCUAACAAGAAAGGUCCGCACGCGGGGAACAACAUCCAUGCACAGCAGGAAGGAGCCACACGCGCGGCUUGUCUUGUCGGCCCCCAGUCUGGUGCGUGUAUGCACUCUGGUGCAGAGAGGCGGCGACUCGAGCAGCACCCACUCAAACGGAAAAGGAUUGCCACUGGGAGCGGGUGUGUCACGUCACACACACACACAGACACACACACACACAGACACACACACACACAGACACACACACACACAUUCAGACACCCACCUCUCCCCCUCCCCUCCCUCUCCUCUCAGGUACGAUCUGCGGCAGGAGCACCGUCACCACGACACGGUCGAGGCCUCAAAGCGGCGAAAGCGCCAACACGACACACCCGAGGAGGGCGCCAACGAGCCGACACAGGCGACGGAUGACGCCUCCGGUGGUCUGCCGUCGCUUUAUCGCGUCAAGAAGGGUCACGACAGGAGCGGCCGGCGUGUGGUCAACAAGGGGGCAGCGAAGAGGAAGGCAAGGACGGAGGACAAGGGCGUGGCGAGGGGAGGGUCCAGCAGGGACGGUGAUAGGAGCAGCAGGCUGCAGAAGCUCCGGUGGCUGGUAUCCGAACAGACAGACAAGCAGACAUGACAGAAAAGCAGGCAGACGAAAAUGAUGCCAUGAAUCGUUCCG